CCGGCAUUACCAUUGUACUGUACACACCCGUAGCAAAAUAUUUUCGAAAGGUUUUGCAACAAAGAGAGUUUCUAUUGGAGAAAUCCAGGAAGGUCCCGCCCUGUUUCGUUCCGUUUGCUUCUCUUUGGUUUCCAGUGAAUACACCCCUGCUGAACACAGCUCAAGAUGACCAAAUCUGUCAAACUUCAACAGCAAAAAAGCUAGGGAUGCUCCUCCUUUUCACCACCCGACAGAGGAGAGAAGAAAUGGCGAUGCUAGGGUCUUUUAGCUCCGCACAGCAGAACAAAAAUGUUUCUGGGGGCGACAGGGACGGGACAGAGUUCGUAUGUCCGGUUUGUCUCGAGAUUUUCGAUAGCCCUGUCACAACACAAUGUGGACAUACGUUUUGUCAAAGUUGUCUGCAGGAGUGCCUGCGGCCCCAGAAGCCAGUGUGUGCCGUUUGUAGGGCACCAUUGGGCCACUGGGCCAAAGCCACUGACCUAGAGGCCCUCAUACACACCUCAAUGGCGGCCUGCAAGGGCUGUGGAGCACAGGUCGGCCUGUCCCAGAUGAGAGGCCACACGGCAGCAUGCUCCAAGUACCAGGAGUAUAUUGAGGAGGGGGUCAGGACCACUGCCCAGACCCAGCCUAACAUUAUUGGCCCUAUGCCGAACCGCUUCACUUUCUCAUGCCCCUACUGUAACUACCAGAACCUGGACCAGGACGGCCUGGUGGAGCACUGCACUUCCCAGCAUGCCCGGGACACGCGCCACGUGGUGUGUCCUAUCUGUGCCUCUAUGCCUUGGGGGGACCCCAACUACAGAAGCGCUGACUUCUUCCAGCACCUAAAGAUUAGACACACCUUCUCUUAUGACACCUUUGUGGACUACUCCACAGACGAACACACUAUGAUCCAGGAGGCUCUACAACGCUCCCUCAUGGAGAACUGAGGUGGUGUCUGCCUUGAGGAAGGAGGAAAAGGUGGCUUUGAGGGAAAAUAUAAUUGCACUGCACCAUCCUUGAACUGGGCUAGUGGUGUAACCAUAGGAAAAAGAAUAGUAAGGGUGGGUGGCGACUUCCUGACUGCAUAACCAGGAAGCUUUGAGGCUUACCAAGCAACUCCUCUUAUCACUUUACAAUUAUCAUUCCAACAUAAAUAAAACAAUACAAGUUAAACAUGUGCUUUCUGGUAUAGAAGUGGAGUGAUGUCCCUGUGUCUCUCUCCGAAGAAGUUAAACAUGUGCUUUCUGGUAUAGAAGUGGAGUGAUGUCCCUGUGUCUCUCUCCGAAGAAGUGUUGUAUUGUUAGAGCGUUCAUAAUUCUGCUGAAUCAUGACUAUUUCAUCUGUUCAUUGUUAGCAUUGUCAUAUAGGCCUACUGUACCGGAGACUUCCACAGUUGUUUGUUUUCUACUGUUAUGACUUGAUUCUGCAAUGAGAGGUUUUAACCACUGGGUGGCUACCUUUUUCCAACAAAAUGCAACGAUAACAUAGAGGACUCAUCUUUCUAUCUGUGCCAUUUUAGAAUCUGACAGCAUGGGCAGUGCCUUUUUGAGGCUUCCAUUUGAAAGUAGUCUGUUUUCUUCUUCACGAUUGGCUGAUCCCUCCUGAUGACCCAGUUGGACAUGACUCCAACAGGGUCACCAGGAAGGAUUAGCCAAUGAAGUUGGAAGUCCCACCCAGUUGACUAUAUUAAAAUGGUGGAAGCCCUUAAUUGCACUGCCAUGCUAAUGUGGCCUUUUGGCCACUAAAGGCCUCUGUCAUUCCCUAUAGAUGAGACAUUGCUCUUCAAUGCAAGCAAUCAUUGUAAAGUGUAAACUGCCAGUAACUAUUAUUCCGGGAGGAAUGUGUACUCCAAGAUGUGUUACUUCUGCUGAUGAGAAUAGAUGUGUUCCCUGUAGUUUGACAUUGUUUACUCACAGCUGUUUUUAUCUUAAUACCAAAUCAUUUCUGGGUAACAAUUAAGUACCUUACUGUGAUUGUUUUCAAUUAAAAUGGUCAAAAAUAAACACAUGGCUUCUUAGCAAAGAGCAAUUUCAA